AUGUCAGAACCAGGAGGCUCCUUCAAAAUGGAACCAAAGACUGAUAUGGUGUUGGUUGUGAUCUUUCUCAGCAUUGUGACCCUGAUCACUGCCUUAAUGAACAGUGCAGUCAUACUGGCGAUCAUGAACACAAAAAAACUCCACCUGCCUGCCAACUACCUGAUCUGCUCUCUGGCUGUCACUGACUUCCUGGUGGCCAUCUUGGUGAUGCCCCUUAGCGUCCUCUACAUCGCCACAAAGAAGUGGCUGCUGGGAUGUGUUGUUUGUGAGGCAUGGCUGAGCGUGGACAUGACCUGCUGCACCUGCUCCAUCCUGCAUCUGUGUGCCAUCGCCCUGGACCGCCACUGGGCCAUCACCAACGCCGUGGAGUAUUCCUGCAAGAGAACCCCGCGCCACGUCGCCAUCAUGGUUACCAUCGUGUGGACCAUCUCCGUCCUCAUCUCAGUGCCGCCUCUGUUAUGGAGGCACAGCGGGGAUGACAACUUCGGCAACUACACCAAGUGUCUCAUCGAGCACGACCACAUCGGCUUCACCAUCUACUCCACCUUCGGGGCCUUCUACAUCCCCAUGGCCCUCAUCCUCAUCCUCUACUACAGGAUCUUCAUCGCAGCCCGGACCUUGUACCACAGACGGAGCUCCUUGGGGGCCCGGUGUAAGAGGAGAGCCAGCAGCCACAAAUGCCUCAGUAGCUGCCGUGUCGCAUCAACGUCUCUCUGUGCGUCUGAGCAGUCUGCCUCGGACCCCACGUUAAACACAGAGCUAAAUAUACUCAAUGGCCCUACCUGCGUAAGUCAGACGGCGGGGGACCGUGGGACCGGGGGACCGAGGGACCGGGGGACCUGUGAUGAGAGGACACAGAUCUGUGCCUCCAGAGAGAGGAAGGCUGCCCGCACACUGGGCCUCAUCCUGGGGGCUUUUAUCCUAUGCUGGCUGCCUUUCUUUGUUAAGGAGUUACUGGUGGGCCUCCAGGUGUUUCAUGCCUCAGCACAGGUGUCAGACUUUCUCACGUGGCUGGGAUACGUUAACUCACUCAUCAACCCCCUGCUCUACACCAGCUUCAAUGAGGACUUCAAGCAGGCCUUUAAGAAACUGCUCCGAUGUAACAAGUGCAGAUAG